AUGGGUAAUUGCUUUGGUUCUUCCGCAAAAAUAGAUAGUAGAGAAAGUCCUCAUCGUGGAUCCUCAAGAAUCUAUGCCAAACCUAGCCAAUCUUCUCGGGGCUCAAGCAUAUCAAUACCAUCGUCAUCUUACAACGAUGACAUGAGUUCCACAUCUCUUCCAACACCGAGAAGUGAAGGAGAGCUCUUAGCAUCUCCCACGCUAAAGGCCUUUACGUUUAACGAGCUAAAGACAGCCACUAGAAAUUUCAGACCAGAUAGUGUUAUCGGUGAAGGCGGUUUUGGUUAUGUCUACAAAGGAUGGAUCGACGAACGCACUUUAUCGCCUGCGAAACCAGGAUCAGGCAUGGUCGUUGCUGUCAAAAAGCUUAAACCAGAUGUGCCUCAAGGCCACAAGGAGUGGUUGGCGGAGGUUGACUAUCUAGGGAGACUUCACCAUAUGAAUCUUGUGAAACUCAUUGGCUUUUGCUUGAAGGGUGAUUUCAUUCGGCUUUUGGUAUACGAGUACAUGCCCAAGGGAAGCUUAGAGAAUCAUCUCUUUAGACGUGGCGCAGAGCCGAUUCCGUGGAGGACAAGGAUGAAAGUGGCGAUCAGUGCGGCGAGAGGGCUUGCUUUCCUUCACGAUGCUCAAGUCAUAUAUCGAGACUUCAAGGCCUCCAAUAUUCUACUUGAUACGGACUUCAAUGCAAAGUUGUCUGAUUUUGGAUUGGCGAAAGAAGGACCAACAGGAGACAGAACACACGUAUCGACCCAAGUGAUGGGCACUCAAGGCUAUGCAGCGCCUGAAUACGUUUCCACGGGUCGAAUGACAGCCAAAAGCGACGUCUAUAGUUUCGGUGUGGUCUUGCUCGAGUUACUGUCGGGACGUCCGACCGUAGACAAAUCGAAAGUAGGAGUGGAACGAAAUCUGGUGGAUUGGGCAAUACCUUAUUUAGGAGAUAAAAGGAAAGUGUUUAGGAUAAUGGACAUAAAGCUUGAAGGACAGUAUCCUCACAAAGGAGCUUGUUUGGCUGCUAACACUGCGUUGCAAUGUCUUAACCAAGAGGCUAAGUUGAGACCAAUGAUGUCUGUUGUUUUAUCUACUCUUGAAGAGCUAGAGACGACGUGGAAAUCGAAUUCUGCUUCAAACUUGGCCAAAACAUUGACAUCUUCUUCCUCUCCUGUCAUGUCGGAGAAACGGAGAGUUAGAGCUCCGGGUGUAACUCCGGUGCUAGCUCGUCAUAGAGGUCAACGUGUCAGAUGA